AGAACACUUCCUCUGCAAUUAGAGGUUUCUAAAUUUAGUUUCUGUUCAACUGGAGAAAAUGAAGUGCCGAUUUUGAAUCGAAGAACCAGUUCCUGGGUUCGCAGAAUCGGUGGUGGAUUCAGGAAACUAGACUAACGGUCAAAAAAAUUGAACUCCUAUAUGGGUCGUUUGUUCUUGUCAUUUCUGCUGCUGUUUUUUCAAAAUUGCCAGUCAUGGAGUUGGUUCCAAUCCUCUACCGAGACUCGUUUCGCUGAAAAUCCUUCUGGGGCUAAUGAUAUGUUUAAAGGUUCUGUUGCGGAAUUCUCCAUGGAAGGUCUCACUGACCGCAAAGGAAUCAAACUGGUUGAGAAUGCUAGACAGAAGUUGGUUGCCUCAAACUCUUGUUGGCAGAAUGCUUAUCGGAAUCUCUUCGCCGGGUGUGCUGAAGUUAUCGCUGUUGAAGAGAAGCGCUCUAAACUUGCUUGGUAUCUCAGUGAUUGCUUUCAAAAGGACUCGGGGAGGCCUCCUUUUCCUUCUUGUGACACAAGAACCGCCAUGAAAAGAUGUCUUGCAAAACUGGAUGAAGAUGAACGUAGGAUCUAUCUCGAAUUCUAUCUCGAAACAAACUCCAUAUGCCACCAGUUGCAGACUAAUGCGUUUAAGCAUGAAACUGAGAGGCUGGUGAAUGAACUUAAGAAGUCAGCCGAAUUUGCAGAAGAUAAACUAGAAAAAAUAGAGGAUAGGUCAGAGUUUCUAUUAAAGAGUUCAAAUCAAGUUCACGAAUCUAUAAGUUCGAUCGAUCUUCGUACGCAACAGUUGGCUCAAUCGUCAAAGAAAGUAGAAGAUCAUAUCGAUGUUGUGCUGAAGCAUUCAGAAGCAGUUUAUGAGCAAUCCAAGGGAAUUGCAACUUCUCAAAUGGAGUUGCGAGAAGGGCAAGUGAAAAUGAAGGAAAAAUUGGAAGAGGGGAUGGAACUGCUUCAUGUCUCGUACAAAAAUUUGGGCCAAGGAAUCGAUAGCUUGAGGAACGAGGCUGUUCAAAUUGAAGAGGAGAUCAGUAGAGUUAGUGAUGCCAUGUCUAUGAAGAUGGAAAAUCUGCAGAACAGGGCUGAUGAUAUUGGGAACAUGGCAGGAGUUUCUUUAGACAGACAAAGAGAACUUCUAGAUGGGCAAUCCACAGCCCUCCAAGGUCUUCAAUCCCUUACUCAGUUUCAAUCCCUGGCCCUGGAAGAGAGCAGGGGCAUUUUGCAACAAAUGUCUGAGUUUGGCCGUAGACAACAAGAAGAGCUUCUUAGACGGCAAGAACAACUUCAACAAGCCCAUGAUCACCUAGUUGAAAACUCGAAGUCGAUAUUGGCUGCUCAGGAAGUUUUUGAAUCAAAACAAGAAAGCAUGUUUAUGGCUUUAGACAAGCUCUUCACCUUGCACAAUGCCAUGCUGGCCGAAUCACGAUUAAUUAAAGCUUUCUUCAUUUACUCUUUAUCGAUCUUUUUAAUUUACAUGUUCACAAGUACAAAGCAGACAUAUACUGUGAGACCAUGGCUUUACAUUGGGCUAUGCGCUGCAUUCCUAAUUGAGUGUGCGAUAAUUCGGUUCACAGGGAAUAACAUUGAGCAGCAGACACGCGUUAUUUCUUUGGUUAGAAUGCUCUUUGUGUUUUUUGCUUCAGGUCAACUUCUACAUGCCAUUUAUACAUACAGGGAUUAUGAUGUGUUAAACCACCAAUUGCUACAAACACUAAUUGAGAAGGUCAAUACCAUAGAAAGGAACAAAGAGUUGUCAUGGGACAUGGACGUGGAAAGCGACAUAAACUGGUCCUCAUGGAUCGACUCAGAGUUGCCAGAAGAUUUGAGCAAUUUGGAAGACCCUGAUUAUACACCAGUAGAAGAAGUAGCGGAGAAUUCGAUAUGCACUUCAAGGAGAUAUAAUCUCCGGAAUCGUCGUCGUUGA